AAACCUAAAUAUAUUUUAGUAUCAAAAUAAAUACCAACAUAUAUAAAUAUUUCCCUAUAAUAAACAGUUGACAUUUUAGAAUUAAUUAUUUUAAUAAUAAACAAGAAUAUGACAAAAUGCCUACACAUAAAUUAAUAAUACUUCGUCAUGGAGAAUCUCAAUGGAAUCAUGAAAAUAAAUUUUGUGGAUGGAUAGAUAUUCCAUUAUCAACCAAAGGACAACAGGAAGCAUUACAUGCUGGAGAACUUAUUUCAAAAAAUGGACUUAAACCUGAUAUAUUAUACACAUCUAAAUUAACUAGAUCAAUUGAGACAGGAUUAAUAAUUUUAAACCAAUUAAAUAGAAUAUGGGUUGAUCAUGUAAAGAGUUGGAGAUUGAAUGAACGUCAUUAUGGAGAAUAUCAAGGAUGUGAUAAACAUGAAGUUUUCAAAAGUUUAGGUGAAGAUAAGGAGAAAUUCCAAUAUAUUCGUCGUGAUUAUCACGGCACACCACCAAUAAUUCCAAAUGAUGUUACAGAUCCAUCAAUUGAUGAACGAUAUGCUGAUGUUGAUCAAUCAUUACUUCCAAGAGGUGAAAGUUUAGCCAUGGUCAUGAAAAGAUUGAUACCAUUUUUUGAUAAGGAGAUAUUACAUAAACAUUUAGUUGAAAGAAAUCAAACAGUUUUAAUUGUAACCCAUGGAUCUAUUGUUAGAUCUUUAAUAAAAUAUUUAAAUAAUAUAGAUGAUAAUGAGAUUUCAAAUAUAAAUGUUCCAACUGGAGUUCCAUUAAUAUUUGAAUUAGAUUCAGAUUUAAAGUUAGUUAAAGAUUACUAUUACCUAGAUACUGAAUUGGCUAAGAAGGGUAUAGAGAAAGUUAAAAAUGAAGGUUUAAAACGACUGGAUGCCGGUAAAUUAUAGAUUAAUCAAUAUUUACUUGCAGUAAAUUAUAUAUGCCUGUAUAGUGAAUGACAGUUUUUACCAUUUUUGCGACACGCCAAAAGUAGACAUUAGGCUGCGACAAAUAUUGCCAAACUGGGCUUAAUUGAGUUUUGUUUGUUUUGGUUUUCUAGAAAAUUCUGGAGAUGGUCUAAAAUACGACAUUAUGCACCUAGUUAGAUGACACCUCCAGUUUGAUGAGCUUAAUAUAUCAUUACGUAGAUAUUGGAGAUAAUCAUAGUAGUUUAGUUAAACGUGUAGUCGUUACAUAGAUCAAUUUGAUACAGUUAGU